CAGCAUCAUUCGCGUCGCCAAUCAAGAGAUGGCACGCUGAGCCUCAACAUGGCGACGGCGAACGGUACGAGUUUGCAAGGGUCAUACUUUGAGCAGCAACGUGCGCUUCUGGUUGCCAACGUGGCCACGAGCCUAGAGAACGUUCUACAGAACCUGAACAAGCUUAAUCGCAGCUUGGAAGGCGUUAUCGCGGUCGGCAACGAAUUCAGCCAGGUUGAGGGGCUGUGGUCGCAGUUCGAGAAUGUUAUGGCGAAGGAACCGCCGAAAGACAAGGCAGAAGAGACGAAGACAGGCGCUGCCGAAUAGUGCCGUUCCUGGCUUGCUCGACAAUGGAAAGCCCUCAUCUCGCUCAGUGCAUGAGGUACGCAUUAGCCCCAGCGUUUGUGCGACCUCUUUUCAUUAGACGCCAUGCACGUCUUAUGGCAACGUACCACGAAGCAUACUCGGACAAUAUCAAGAGCAUGCAUACUGUAUUGCAGCGGGCCCUAUCCGACGCAGUUCAGGGGCGUCGCGUUGCAACUUGCCCGAUAGGUCUGGCCGUUAGCGGCGGGGUG